AUGGUCAGGGCAGGGCUCAUUGGCCUGCCGCUCCUGUCCAUCGGACAGUUGGCGUGGGCUGCGCCGCGCCCAGCGAGGGCUCACCCGGCUGUUGCUAUAACAAACCUCGCGCAGGAGGACCCUAUUCAGUGUCCAUCUGACGACAACACAUCUUAUAAGACGACAAAUGGCAUCGAGUUCACGAUCGAAUGCUCAGUCAAUCACUUUGGCGGAGACUACCGGUCCUCCGUGGUCGACUCAUUCGAGACGUGCCUCGAAAAAUGUUCCGAAGAAGUUCCUUGCAAAGCCAUCUCGUAUGGGCAGAAGAGCCAAAUCUGCUACUUGAAAGAUAACAUCACCAAAUCGAACAAUGACACCAUCGUCUGGAGCGCCAUCGUUGACCAUGCAAGUGCUGGCUCGCGCAGGCUCAAAGCCAGGCAAGAUGAAACAGAUGAGGACCCUACUUCGACCUCCUCUUCGUCGUCGUCGUCGUCGUCGGCUCCAGAUACUUCGGAUCCAAGUCAAUCAGAUUCAUCUUCAGCUCCCACUACUUCGGAUUCUUCGCCACCGGCUUCUUCAACGUCGGUACCCGCUGCUUCGGAAUCGAGUGAACCAACUUCAUCUUCGUCGUUAGACCCUGCUGCUUCGGAAUCGAGUGAACCAACUUCAUCUUCGUCGUCAGACCCUGCUGCUUCAUCGUCGGACCCUGAUGCUUCGGAUACUGCACCACCGACUUCAUCUUCGUUAGACCCUGCGGCUUCAUCGUCGGACCCUUCUACUUCGUCGUCGGACCCUGAUGCUUCGUCGUCGGAUCCUGUUUCCUCAGAUUCUACGCAACCAACUUCAGAUUCCGAUCCCGCGAUUUCGGCCCCCGUCAGCACCAGCGAAGUCGAUCCGGGCUCCAUCAGCUCUUUCGCCAGCAGCACCGAUGCGGGUUCUGACCAGCCUGCAUCAACGAGAACAUUCACUAUGACGACUACGAGAACGGGUCUCGAGACCGAGACUAUUACCCGCACUCUAUCUUCCAGUGAUUCCGGUCCCCCCAACUCCUUCGUGUCUCCUGGGUCCGAGGUAUCUCUAAGGUCUUCUUCAGAUAUUGAGGCUACUGUUACGGGGACCCUUGACUCUGAGCCCCCAACCACAACCGGCACGUCGUCAAAGACUCAGGCUCCUCCAUGCACUUGGAGUUUUUCGGGCCAACUCACUGGCCCCUGCGCGACGAACGGCGCUAGAAAGCGUGGUAGCCAGAGGCGUGAUCGCCCUGUUCGUCGCAAUGUUCUUGCUGCCAGGUCUUUCCCGCCUUUCACGGACAUUUGGGACAACAUCCCGUACCAAAUCCAGCAGCGAUUCGAGCAGAACGAGAUAAACUAUUGGCAGCCUAGUGGCUCUGAGUACUACUAUGCCAAACUCUGUAUAAGUUGCGAAAUCACUCAGGUCAUUGCCAGCACUGGCAUAUAUAAGGGUACCCCCGAGUGCGACACUUGCGAGCCUCCGACAAUGCAAGCUCAGGCCGGGCCCGCCACAUACAAGACCACCGAGGAAGAGGGAGUCUGUGCUUCGAUUGAAUUCUCAGCUUCAAUCUGCAUAAGUUGUGAGACGAAGCAGGAGCAACACUUCUGGGUGCCGAACCAGACACCGCAACCUCCAGUGUAUUCUUCACCACCUCCAGAAUAUUCUUUGCCUCCUCCUAUUUACUCUUCGCCGCCUCCCGUGUACUCGCCACCGCCUGAGUACUCGCCACCGGUGUACUCUCCACCACCUCCUGUAUACUCUCCGUCACCACCCUGUCCAACACCGUGUCCUGAACCUUGUCCAUGCGCGACGCCGCCACCGCCGCCGCCGCCGCCGGACACUGUGACGUGCUGGUCUUGCUUGGAGACACCCGUCUACUACCCCACCACUCUUGUUAGGACCGAAAAAGUGCCUACACCGGUCCCCACGACUAGGUACAUCCAGACGCCUGUGUACAGGACAAAGACGCAAUCGAAGGUGCUCACCACGCCAAUCUACGUGACCAAGCCCACGACAGUGCUUAUGCCGACAACCCUCCAAGUCACGCAGACGAUUACGUGCGCCACCUGCCCUGGCGGGUCCACCACGACAGUAAGCAUGAUCUCUACGCAGGUCACGGGCACGACUCAAUACGUGACGCGUGAGAGGAACAACACUGUCACGCUGCGAACGACGUACAGGACUAAGGAGAAAGAGAUCAAAACUGUUGCGUACACUGACUACGUCACUGUGACUGUGGUGUGCGAGACAUGCCCUGGCGGCUACACUACAACCGUCAAGCUUAAGGAGACUGAGACGAAGUCCGUCCCUUACACUGAGAAGGUUACUGUAACACAGCCGUGCCUCACCUGCGCUGAAGGCUACACUACGACAGUCAUCAGCAAAGAGAUUCAGACUCAGCCUGUUACUGUUACGGCACAAUGCAUCACUUGCCCUGGAGGCUACACUACGACCGUCAUCAGUAAAGAGACGCAGUCCGUUCCUACAACUGCUGUUGUCACGAAGACGCUGUCGGCCAUCCCCACAACUGCAGUCGUCACACAGACCCAAAUCUGCAAUACUUGUGUUGGUGGCUCAACGGUUGUUGUCACGAAUGUCCCUACGACUUCAGUUGUUAUGCAGACGCUAUACCACGUACCCACGACCGCAGUUGUUACGCAGACACAGAGUUGCAGCAACUGUACUGGUGGUUCAACGACCGUCAUCGUGAAGGUUCCCACAACUACAGUCCUCACGCUGACGCGGACACGGACGCCAGCGCCGGUGAUUGUCUCCACGACGGUGGUUGUCACCCAAACGGAGAGUUGCAUUACCUGCCCUGGCGGCUCAACGAUACUGGUUACGAAUGUCCCCACGACUGUUGUCUACACACAGGCGCCGGCUACGCCUGCAGUCAUCAUGCAGACAGUGGUACAGCCACCACCAAUCAUCCCCACGCCUGCAGUUAUCGUGCAAACACCAGUACAGUCGCCGCCGAUCAUUCUCACUCCUGCUGUUGUCACGAAAACUCAGGUUUGCAUGACUUGUUCUAGAGGCUACACCACGAUGGUCGUGAGCGUCCCGGCGACUCCCGUCGCCCCGCAGGUGCAGACGCCGGUCGUCAUCCCCACACCUGCACCUAUCACGAAGACGCAAGUUUGCGAAACCUGUGUUGGUGGCUCCACUACGGUCGUUGUGCCGGCUCCGCCUGUGGUUCAGCCUCAAUCGCCCCCCGCACAACAGCCGCCGGCGCAGCAACCUCCUGCUCCGCAACCCCCUGUUCAGCAACCUCCUGCUCAGCAACCUCCUGCUCAGCAACCUCCUGCUCAGCAACCUCCUGCUC